AUGUCAUUAGGUCAACUUGUCACUGAUUUCAAUAAUGAACAAAAACAUAUUCUUUCAACACUCGCGGAGACCGAUGAAGUUGAUAAAUUCGUGGAAGUGGAUGAGAACGUCACCGAAACGAUGCAAUCGAUGUGUGACCAGAUCAAUGUCAUUGUAGCAAAAUUAAAACAGAAUACUUCGAUGCCCACUCCGUGCAAUGAUAGGAAGUUCGCAUCACAACGAUGUAACGUUUUGGAAAAUGUUGGCAGCAGUUUGAGCAUUAAUUGUGUGAAAAAUAAUGAAAAGACCGUAGGGAAGACAACUACUAAGAAGAUCCAGGGCAAGAGGUCCGAGAAGACAUCUGGGCAUACGAGCAAUGCGUGUCCUACGUCUUUUACGUGUCGUACGUGUUCGAGUAAGCACAGUACAUUACUACAUUUGACAGAUGAUACUACAAAAUCGAGUACUACUAAGACAAAUGACAACUCCGAACGAGCCACUACAAGUUGUAAUGCAACACAGUUUUCGGGAGUUACACAUACCGAAACCACUGUUUUGUUGGGUACUGUUGUAGUCAGGGUUCGGGACAAUACAGGAGUUCUUCAAGAAGUCAGGGCAGUAUUAGACAGUGGGUCGCAGGUGUCUGCAGUGACAGUGGAUUGUGUUAACCGGUUAGGUUUAACCCGUAGGAAGUGUCCUGUUGAGGUCAUCGGACUUUCCCAACAACCGGUCAAUACUGUUAAAGGUCAAACUAAUUUUAAUUUUUUUUCUGUACAAUAUGACGUUCCCGAAUUUAAAGUAACAAAUGUCAUUGUUUUACCUCGAAUUAUGUCAUCAAUGCCUAACAGGGUUUUGCCAGCUGAGAUACGAGAUCGCUAUCGGCAUCUUGUCCUUGCCGACCCCCGAUUUGAUCACCCGGCGCCAGUAGAUAUGUUGAUUGGAGGAGACUUAUAUCCGUCCGUCAUGCAAUCUAGAGCUGACGUUAUACAUACCGAGGGCUUACCAUCAGCGAUGAAUACACAGUUAGGUUGGGUCAUAAUUGGUGCGUUACAGAAUAACACACAUACUCCUCUUACUUCCCUGUCAAUUAGUACAACCCCUCCGAUUGAAGAGUUGAUGCAGCGUUUUUGGACAGUAGAGGAGCCCACAGAGUCUACGAUGCCAACUACACAAGACAAGCAAUGUGAAGAUUGCUUUGUUAAAACCACGAAACGAGACGCCACCGGUCGAUUUUAUGUUGGUUUACCAUUUCGAACGAUAGUAUGUUCCCCAGAUACAACCGACAUCGGAUGUCAAGAUAAGAAGUCUGUCGUUUUAGGGUCAUCCAGAACUUCAGCUCUUAACCGAUUGUAUAAUUCAGAACGUCGCCUUGAGAAGGAUUCAGCAUUGUAUACUGCCUACCGGGCCUUUAUGGACGAUUAUAGAGCGUUAGGACAUAUGAAUCUCGGUGUCGGAGAUGUCGUCGUCAUAAAUUCACCUUCUCGACCUCCGUUGAUGUGGCAACUUGGUCGAGUCAUCGACGUCCACCCUGGUGCUGACCAAGUGGUUCGUGUAGCCACCAUCAAGACAGCGGAAGGGAUACUCAAACGUCCGGUCGUAAAGUUGGUCAAACUACCUACUGACAACGCUUAA